GAUGCGUGACUCGCCCGCAGCCGCGACAUGCCGAGUCCACCUCGCUCCAUACACCGCCCCCGAACAUUUUGUAUAGCACAUAUAGUGCUUUGAAGCGUUUUUGCUGCAUAGUUGCUGCGACCACGGUGCAAUCCUCGUGCAGGAGCUAGGAAAGCCCAACAUGUCGAAACAUGAGAGGCGUGCGCGCUCAUGGAGGAUGCUCUAGCCCCGCUACCACCUACAAUAUAAUAUUAUGAAGAUCAUAACCAUUUUGAUGGAGGCUGUCGCAACUAAAAGCGCACUCUGCUCCACGGCACACAGCAAUGCUCGUCGCCGCGAGGGUUUCGGCGUCCAAGUGGUUGUUAUCACAUGAUUGGGGUCGCGGACUUGCGGGCGCUGCACGAGGGUGCACAGCAGCAGCAGCAGCGAGGGAAGCAGCAGGCAGCAGCCGUCGAUGCUACGGCCACUGCCGCAAUUUCCACCCCACUGCACCUCAACUCGGUGCUGGAGCAGGUGGUGGAUUCGAAGGACGGCAGUGUCAAGCCCUCCACGUGCUCCAUCGCCUGGAUGGCGGCGGCGGGCGGCCUGCCGGCUGCCGGCUCCACAGCGUACCGGCAGCAGCAGCUGCUCACGAGCUUCGCGGUGUACCAGUGGCUGCCCAUGCUGGCAAAGGCAACGGAGGUUGCCUUGUGCAGUGAGGCGGGCGCCGAGGGCUGGCUGUCGCAGGCGCUCCUGGUGGGGCACCUGGUGAUGGAUGUGCCCUGGCUCGAGUGCCAACCACGACCCGAAGCCGACGAGGGCGCUGGCUCACGCAACCGACGACAGGACGCGGCGUGGUGGGAGGGCGUGACGUCGACUUGCCAGCUUGCUGUGAGCAUGCACACAAUUGUGUACUUGCUGGCAACAAACGCAGUGCCGCUGCUGCUUGGGCACUGUGAACAGUGGCAGCAGGCAGCCGUGUUGGACCUGCUGCAAUCCUACUGGACACGCUUUGCGGAGAUGGCGCGUGUCACGAUACGUGCGCGAGCAACACGGGCGGCCGAACAGCAGCAGCUGCGGCAGCAGCAGGCGGAUGGAAAGCAGCAGGCUGGGCAGGUGGAGGGCGGGAAGGUCAGCAGCACGAGCAGCCUCGGCGACACCGCAGCCCAGCAGCAGCAGGCGCCACCGCCCGAGCUGGUGCUGCAGUGCUUGACGCCGCUGCCGGUGCAGCAGCUGGCAGUGGCGCACGGGCGGCAGGACAUUGUGGAUUACCUGGUCGCAGUAGCUAAGGGUUUGAGAGAGGAGUUGUUGAUUGAGUGUGGAGGUGCCGGCGCCGGGGGAAGCGGCAUGGGGGUGCAAGGGCCUGCCAGCAUGGAGGGCGGCGCGUCGCACGCUAGCGCCACGGCGGAUUGGUUGAGGGCGAAGUGGGUUGGCGCCGUGCGGCUGCGGUACCCGUCACUGCUGUCUCAAGGCCAGGUACAGGCGGGGCUGCAUGACCUGAUGGUCGCAGAGGCGGCGGCCGCAACGGCAAUUACUGCUACCGGCGAGCCCGCAGCAGCCUGCGGUGGCGGCAGUAGCAGGAGCACUAGCGGUGGUGGGCAGGGCAGCAGUAGCGGUGGGCCGGUGUUUGAGCACAAGCUGUGCUACAACCCGCGCUGCUGCUCGCUGGACGGCCCCAGCGCGUUGGUUGCGCCCCGCGGCGGCAAGACGUGUGUGCGGUGCCGUGCUGCCACGUAUUGCUGCGGCGCUUGCCAGCUUGUGGACUGGCGUGAGCGGCACUCUGGCACCUGCAGUGGAGCCGCCGCGGCGGCGGCAGGGUCAGCAGGGACAGCGAAGGCAGCGCUGAAGGAGGCAUGAACUGACGAACUGCAACAGCAGCAUGGACCUGAAGACUGCGCUUCAAAUGCGGCGUUUUGCGGUUUGUAUGAGAGUGAGAGUGCGAUGCAUGGCGUGGACUCUUGGGUCGUUUGCCACGUCGAGCGUGCAGCAAGAAGCGCUCAAAAAGGCCACUUGGCUCUGCUUUGCAUUAGCGCAUUACGGUUGAUGACCGCUGACGCGGGUGGUCCGCGCCGCGCCUUCAUCGACCCGGGAAUACAGAGCGGACUCCACACCGAAUGUAUGAGUGCCAGACCUGCGAUGCUAAUCUUACUUCGCCAAGGCUAGCCUCCUCGCUCCUUUGAGGCUUGAUACCGUAUUAAGGUUUUGGGCAGGAGUAGGGGCAUCAUGAGCGGCGGCGGGGUAACAGGGUGGGGUACAGGCUGCAGUGUUGUUCGGGUUUGGGCGCGUUCUAGGCAUGUGGCGCCCGUUUGUGGCAGAGCAAUUUGACUGUCCCCAACAUGUUUAUGUGCCCGCCGAGAUUGCUAAGCUGACUGUCUGAACUUCGCGGUUUUUGUAGUUGCACGAGUGUAUGUCAUUAGAGUUUCGGCCAUUGUCGCAGGUGCAGGCGCAGUGCAGUAGAAUGCAAGGGCGUGGGCGAGGAGGAGAGGGCUGACGGACAACUGGAGGCCGUGAUGCGGCGGUAGAUACGGUAGGUACAGGACUGGGAGGCGCACCAAAUGCAUGACUGACUUACCAGUGCACGGCUGAACGCGAUGGCUACAUGUGCGGACUGCGGACGGGCUUGGAACAUCAGCUUAUGAAUGAGGGACGGUGCACUGUUGCCGACGCAUUCGGCCUAUCACGGCAUGCACUCACAUGGCAUCAUCUCGCUCUACACCGCCAGUCUUUGGUGCCACGGCAAGAGGUGGGGCCCCGGUGGAUGGGUGUGCAGGAGGGCGGGGUGGUUUGGCGGUAGGGAUGGGAGUGCGGAAGUGGACGACAAGGUCAAGCUUGCAGGAGGUGUUGUUUGCGGUAACAGCUGGAUGGUGGCAUGUUUUGUCGUUGUAAUAUGGGACAAGCAGCAUGAGGAUGCGUUGUCGAGGAUCAAGUUCACGAGCAUGCCAUCAGGUGAGUUGAACAAGAAAGGCCGUUAGUAAGGGCGUGCUAUGGCUGCUGCAAGUUGUUUCGGGUUAAGGAGGAGGGUGGCAUCCCUGGCCACUGGCGAUCCACCGGGUCACCUGCGCAAGGUAGGCGGUGGCGAGCUCCUUGUUGUUGGGGGGGCGGGUGGCACAGCCGCACAGCCGGUUUGGUGGUUGGAUGACGGUGGCAGUGCCGGGCCAGUUCCUGAUACCUUCCGUACUCGUGAUGAGCCGUGUGUGACAUCCGUACUCGUGAUGUUCGGUGUUUGUGUCAUAGCCUUGGGCAAACCUAACUGAGCAUUUACGUGGUUUCGAGUCCAACUCGGACACCUGCAAUUCAUCUGUGAUCUGUCA